AUGGAUCCUCCGACGGGCGAAGAGUCCGCCCCGACCCGGCGACCUCGAGCGCCUACCAUCACCAUAGACACCACAGCGGUAAAUCCGGACACACAUGCCAACAUGGAUCAGCCAGGCGCACCCAACCAAGCCGAGUCAACACACUCGCAAGCAUCCCCCACGGACGAAAACCACAGCCCAGUAACGACCAUCGACCCAAGCAGCUGGUCCGGUUCCCAGAGGACGGCCCGAGGGUACUCAGGAUCCAGUGGACGGCCUCAACUUCAGCAGACGCCAUCCUUUGAGAGCGAUCGGAGCCGGCCUACGAGUCCGCACAACAUCUCCAGCCCUGUUACCUCGAGAGGCAACGACCAGAACCACAACUUCCUAUCCGUACCGCACAACCCCCGCUCAAGGCAAAACUCGGUCGACUCGGAUGAUGGCUCGAGAUCGGUAGCCAUGUCUCAGGGAGAGACCGUCGUGGGCAGCGCAUCCCAGCCAGGAGACAAGCCCAAGCUUGGCAGGACUACAUCACAAGAUCUGUCCAAUGAUAAGAUUAUGAAUGAUGCGGACGCGCUCAAGCCCGAUAAGGGGAAGGAGGAGGACUUUGUGGCGAACGACAGCCCUUUCGCCUUCAGCGUGGGCCAGCUGAACAAGAUGUUCAACCCAAAGAGCCUAUCGGCUUUUUACAAGAUGGGAGGACUGCGCGGCCUGGAAAAGGGUCUGCAAAGCGAUCGACGUGCUGGACUGAGCUCGGACGAGGUCAAUGUGCGCGGCCGUGUCACCUUUGACGAGGCGACCGGGUCGGCGGAAGACAAGGAGGUCUCAUUAGGGAUCGACAAUGUCCCUUCGCCAACUACGCCCACUGCUGCAAGGACGCCGACGUCGAAACCGGGAGGCGAGCGGUUCGUCGACAGGAAACGAGUGUACAAGGACAAUCGCCUGCCGGAGAAGAAAGCAAAGUCGCUCCUGCAACUGGUCUGGAUUACGUUCAACGACAAGAUCCUGAUCCUGCUUUCCAUCGCUGCCGCCGUAUCUCUAGCCGUUGGCCUGUACCAGACCUUUGGUGGAGAGCACAAGCCAGGCGAGCCCAAGGUCGAGUGGAUCGAGGGUGUCGCCAUCAUCGUGGCCAUCACUAUUGUUGUGAUCGUGGGCUCUUUGAACGAUUGGCAGAAGGAACGGCAGUUUGCAAAGCUCAACAAGAAGAAGACGGACCGGCUCGUCAAGGUAAUCCGCUCCGGCAAGACCCAAGAGAUCUCGGUGUACGAUAUCCUCGUUGGCGACGUACUGCAUUUGGAAACCGGAGACCUGAUCCCUGUCGAUGGAGUGCUCAUUGAGGGCCACAACAUCAAAUGCGACGAGUCUCAGACCACCGGAGAGUCCGACCUGAUUAAGAAGAGGGCCUCGGACGAAGUCUAUGCGGCCAUCGAGAACCACGACAGCCUCAAGAAGAUGGAUCCGUUCAUCCAGUCCGGUGCCAGGGUGAUGGAGGGCCUGGGUACUUUCUUGGUCACAUCCACUGGGGUCAACUCGAGUUACGGCAGGACCUUGAUGUCCCUGCACGAUGAUCCCGAGAUCACUCCCUUGCAGAUGAAACUCAACGUCAUUGCCGAUUACAUUGCCAAGCUCGGAGGAGCUUCCGCCCUCCUUCUCUUCGUUGUCCUCUUCAUUGAAUUCUGCGCGCGACUGCCGAAGCUACCGCCAGAUGUCACACCCGCCCAAAAGGGACAGGACUUCCUCACCAUCUUCAUCGUCGUCAUCACCAUCAUCGUUGUCGCUGUUCCGGAGGGUCUUCCUCUAGCAGUCACUCUAGCGCUUAGCUACGCUACCAAGAAGAUGGUCAAGGAAAACAACCUGGUCCGACAGCUCAAGGCCUGCGAGGUCAUGGGCAACGCCACCACCAUCUGCUCGGACAAGACAGGUACAUUGACUCAGAACAAGAUGUUGGUUGUCGCUGGGACCAUUGGCACGGCACAUCGAUUUGGCGGCAUUCAGCCCGCGGACGAGGAACAGACCCCAGCAUCUCCUGAGGAUCACAGGGAUCUGAGCGCCAAUGAGUUCACUUCAAUCCUCGGUGCAGACGUGCGAGACCUGCUGUUGAAGUCGAUCGCACUGAACUCGACUGCUUUUGAAGGCGAUGUCGAUGGCCGGAUGACUUUCAUUGGUUCCAAGACCGAGUCUGCGCUUCUCAUCUUCGCCAAGGAGCAUCUGGCUAUGGGUCCCGUUGCCGAAGAACGUUCCAACGCCAAGAUCCUGCAGCUGAUCCCCUUCGACUCGGGCCGCAAAUGCAUGGGUGUCGUCGUCGCCCUCCCCGACGGCAAGGCAAGACUCUAUGUGAAGGGUGCCUCGGAAAUCAUGGUCGAGUACUGCACGCAGAUCUUGCGUGAUCCGUCCAAGGAUAUCAGCGCUUGCCAGAUGACGGAGGAGAACAAGGAGACAAUCGCCCAUCUCAUCGAGCAAUAUGCUUCCUCUUCGCUCAGGACUAUCGGCAUCAUCUACCGCGACUUUGAACAGUGGCCUCCCCGCCGCCUCCGCCGCGCCGACCGCGAUUCAGACGAGGUUCCCUUCGAGCAGAUCUGUAAGGACAUGAUCUUCAUCGGUAUGGUCGGCAUCAAGGAUCCUCUGCGCGAGGGUGUUCGCGAAGCUGUCAAGGACUGUCAGAGGGCCGGCGUUGUUGUGCGCAUGGUCACUGGUGACAAUAGGCUUACUGCGAAGGCGAUUGCCGAAGACUGUGGUAUCCUGCAGCCCGACAGUAUCGUCAUGGACGGCCCCGAGUUCCGCAACCUGACCAAGUCCCAGCAAGAAGAGAUCAUCCCGCGCCUCCACGUCCUGGCGCGCUCCAGCCCCGAAGACAAGCGUAUCCUUGUCAAGCGGCUCAAGGAGAAGGGAGAAACCGUGGCUGUCACUGGCGAUGGUACCAACGAUGCACCGGCUCUGAAGAUGGCUGACGUUGGCUUCUCCAUGGGUAUCACCGGUACUGAGGUCGCCAAGGAGGCAUCUGCUAUCAUCUUGAUGGACGACAACUUCAACUCGAUCGUCAACGCUCUGAAGUGGGGUCGUGCGGUCAACGACGCCGUGAAGCGAUUCUUGCAGUUCCAGCUUACUGUCAACGUCACCGCUGUCGUCCUGACAUUCGUCUCGGCUGUCUCGAGCCACGAUGAAACUAGUGUGCUUACCGCAGUCCAGUUGCUCUGGGUCAACCUGAUCAUGGACACUCUGGCUGCUCUCGCUCUUGCAACCGACCCUCCCCACCCUUCGGUCCUCGACAAGAAACCGGAACGCAAAGGUUCAGGUAUCAUCUCGACGACCAUGUGGAAGAUGAUCAUUGGACAGGCUAUCUACCAGCUCGCCAUCACCUUCCUGCUGUACUUUGGCAAGCAGAACGUCCUCCCGGAUUACGAUGACAAUGUUACGGAUGCUCAAGUUCAGGCACUGGUUUUCAACACCUUUGUGUGGAUGCAGAUCUUCAACCAGUGGAACAACCGCCGUCUUGACAACCGCUUCAACAUCUUCGAGGGUCUGAGCAAGAACAUGUUCUUCCCUGUCAUCAGCAUAAUCAUGUGUGGUGGCCAGGCUCUGAUCAUUCAGUUUGGCGAUGUUGCCUUCAACAUCCCCAAGGAGAAGCAGACCGGUGCCCAGUGGGCUUAUGCCAUUGUCCUCGGCUUCAUCUCCAUCCCCAUCGGAAUGGUCAUCCGCAUGGUCCCCGACCCGCUUGUCGAGCGCCUCAUCCCCGACUAUCUCAAGCGUAGAGCCCACACCAAGAUCCCCGGUGUCACCGUGUCUGAUGACGACGAGCGCUUUGCCUACUACCCUCCCGCCCUGGACGACGUGCGCGACGAGCUCGCCUGGCUCAAGCGGUACAAGGGCGGCCGCCUGAACAACCUCAAGUUUGCCAUGAAGCACCCCAAGGACUUCAUGUCCAAGUCGCGAAGCCCGACUAACUCCCGGUCUCCCUCGCGCGACCAUUCGAGGUCCAACUCGGUGCACGCGCCUCAGACCCCGACGCGCGAGGACAGCCUGGGCUCCGUCAUGAUCCCCACCCCGGACUCGCGCAAGCGCUCCCGGUCCAUGCGCUCGCGGUCCAACUCGGCCCUCGGCGCGCCGACGGUCAUGGCCGGCAUCAUUGCCGGCUCCGUCGCCGCCGGCUGGUCGCCCAUCGACCGCGUCAGCGGCGAGCGCGACUUCGGCAGCCAGAUCUCGCGGACGCCGUCGCCGCUCGUCACGAGGGACGACGACCAGGGGCAGCAGUCGUCCAACGUCCUCGGCGAGGGGUCCUUCACCGAGGAGCCGCAGGAGAUCCCCAGCGCCGCCAAGGACUCGUCCGACGUGCCGCGCCUGUCGGUGCCGCAGCCGCCGCACCACCACCACAACAGGUCGCCGCCCCCGUCCUAG